CACGUCGCGCUUGGGAAGGCUGAAGUCUAAACAGCGGUUCAGUCUUGAGAGGACUGGCAAGUUAUGAUGGUGAGAGCUCCCUGUUCGUCUUCUCGUCGCCCUUCCCGGUUCUGUGGACGGAAGGAGCAGCCAAUGGCCUGAGCACAGCCCUGUCUGCGCUUUCCUCACCGCAGGACGAGCCCACUCACCAACUCACAGGAUCGUAGUGCGGAUACUCCAAGGACAUUUUAACGUUUCCACAGCUUUUGGCCUUUUCUGUCGAUUGAGGAAAUCCAGCGUGUUGCUGUCCCGCGCAAUGAUGUUGCCAGAUUUUGUAAACAUGGGGAGAACCUGCGGUUGGUUUCAUGUAGCCCACCCCCGGGGCUGAUGAUGUGUCUAAGGGUGUCAUUUUUAAACGCCGUACCCGCAUCCCUUCCUCUGCCGAGGGGACAGACAGACAAACAAACAGACGGACGAGCCAGUGAACGGAAAUCAGCCAUUGACUUUUGUUGCGCUCCGUUCGGCCAUGGCAUCGCUGAGCUCGGAGGCUGCCUCAUGCUGAAGGGAUAUCUGUGUUACUGGAAGAAGGUGGUGGCCAUAAAACCCAGAGGAGAGACUGAUGAACUUUGAAUCCCAGACUGCUGCUGCUGCUGGAGGAGGAGUGUGUUGAAGGCAGAUGUGCAUCGGGUUCAGGAGCUAUCCAUGCAGACUUCAGCCGGUGAUCUGACGAGUCACAUAUAAGAGUAACCGGAGCCUCUCCUCUUCCCUCUCCCCAUCCCUUCCCUCACCCCUCCCUCCCCCUUUCCCCGUUUCCUCGUCACUCUUCUUCCUGAUUCCCCUCUUACCCCCCCCCGCUCCAAGAUUCACCAUGCUCAUUAAGGAGUAUCGCAUCCCCAUGCCCCUGAGUGUGGAGGAGUACCGCAUUGCCCAGCUCUACAUGAUCCAGAAAAAGAGCAGAGAAGAGAGCUGUGGUGAAGGAAGUGGGGUGGAGAUCCUUGAGAAUAAGCCCUACACAGAUGGACCAGGUGGGGUGGGUCAGUACACCCAUAAGGUCUACCACAUAGGCAUGCACAUUCCUGGCUGGUUCCGCUCCAUCCUGCCCAAAGCUGCUCUGAGGGUUGAAGAGGAGUCCUGGAAUGCCUACCCUUACACCCGAACAAGAUACACCUGUCCGUUUGUUGAGAAGUUCUCCAUCGACAUUGAGACUUACUAUAAGCCUGACACAGGCAACCAAGCUGAUGUCUUUAACUUAUCGGCAGCAGACAAGAGGCAAACAACUAUUGACGUAAUCGACAUAGUGACAGAUCCCAUCCCUCCACAUGAGUACAUUUCAGAGGAGGACCCGAAGCUUUACAAGUCAGCCAAGACCCAGAGGGGGCCCCUGCAGGAUGACUGGAUAGAGGAGUACAACAACAACCCAGGGAAGACUCCCAUCAUGUGUGCCUAUAAACUUUGCAAAGUGGAGUUUCGCUACUGGGGCAUGCAGUCCAAGAUUGAACGCUUCAUUCAUGAUGUUGGGCUCAGAAAGGUUAUGGUGCAUGCCCACCGGCAGGCCUGGUGCUGGCAGGAUGAGUGGUAUGGCCUAACCAUGGACGACAUCAGGCAGUUGGAGCUGGAAACCCAAUUGGCCCUGGCCAGGAAGAUGGCCAAGUUCCUCCAUGGCGAGGAGCUCACCGAAUCCUACGGAACCACAGUGUCUCCAGACAAAGAGCAGGAGGCCAAAGAGGCAAUCAGCUCUAUCGAGGCAGAGGAAACGGCCACCAGAUCAGUAGAGACUCUGCAGCCACGAGGCGUCCUCACCAAGCAGUGGUCCACCUCAUCCAGAUCCUCCCGCUCAUCUAAGAGAGGAGUGAGUCCGUCACGUCACAGCAUCUCAGAGUGGAGGAUGCAGAGCAUAGCGCGCGAUUCAGACGACAGCUCGGACGAGGAAUUCUUUGAUGCCCAUGAGGAUCUCUCGGAUGGUGAGGAGGUUUUCCCAAAAGAAAUUGCCAAGUGGAACUCCAACGACUUCAUGGACAAGAUUGAAACUGUGGACACGGAGGAAAGUCCUGAGAACUUUAAGGAAAUGAGCGUCGAUUAUGACAGAGCUUCGAGUGAGGACAGACUGGAUGAGGAGAGUUCGCCUCAGCAGAGUCUGCAGGCUUCCAAGAUCCAUGUCUUGAUACUGGUUCUGCACGGAGGGAACAUCCUGGACACGGGCGGAGGGGACCAGAACAGCAAGCAGGCCGACGUCAACACCAUCAGCACAGCGUUUGACACAGUCAUGCGUGUUCACUACCCCGCUGCGCUCGGCCGCAUCGCCAUCCGCUUGGUGCCCUGCCCCGCCAUCUGUGCCGAGGCCUUCUCUCUGGUCUCUAACCUGAGCCCUUACAGCUAUGAUGAGGGAUAUCUGUCCAGCAGCCAGGACCACAUCCCGCUCGCAGCUCUGCCUCUGCUGGCCACCUCGUCUCCACAGUACCAGGACGCCUUGGCCACUGUCAUUGUUCGCGCCAACCAGGUGUAUUCUGAGUUUAUUAAGUCUCAGGAUGGAGCGACCUUCUCUGGCCAGGUUUGCCUCAUUGGGGACUGUGUGGGAGGAAUCCUGGGGUUUGAUGCUCUCUGUAACAGCACCCCCACGGUAAAUGAAAGCCAGAACAGCAGCCGCAGAGGCAGCGUCAUCAGCGUGCAGGACCAGGACCUUCUCUCUCCCGGCAUCAUCAUCAACAGCGGACAUGGGUCAUCAUCCCCAACACUGGAGAGCAGCCGCCACCUGAGUCGCAGUAACAUUGAUAUUCCUCGUGUCACUUCAAGCGAUGACACCAAGAGGCAGCUGCCCCGUAAGAGAAGCGACUCGUCCACCUACGAACUGGACACAAUUAAACAACACCAAGCUUUUCUGUCCAGCUUGCACUCUAGCGUCCUUAAGAGCGACGCAGCGUCCCGCAGGUCGAGCAGCAGCACCAUGCUGGACGGAAGCUCCCUGGGGAAGUUUGACUUUGAGGUGUCAGACUUUUUCCUGUUUGGUUCUCCGCUGGGCUUGGUGCUGGCCCUGAGGAAGACUGUGAUCCCUAUGCUGGAUGUGGCCCAGCUGAGGCCGGCCUGUCAGCAGGUCUAUAACUUGUUCCACCCGGCUGAUCCCUCUGCCUCCCGCCUGGAGCCUCUGCUGGAGCGGAAAUUUCACCUCCUCCCUCCUUUUAGCGUUCCCCGUUACCAACGCUUCCCCCUUGGAGACGGAAACUCGGCCUUGCUGGUGGAGACAGUCCAGAGCAACGCUCAGCUACUACUCGAUAGCGGGCCCCCCCUGUCCUUUCGCUGUCAGGAGACCAUCAGUGAGACCUGCAUUCCUGUUCCUGUGCUAAACUGGCAGGAGAACUCCCUGAAAGCCACACCCGCCACCUUGGAGUCGGAUGUUGUUCAGUCUCAUGGUGGUGUCUUCAUGGACAGUUCGUACCCCUCAUCCCCCAUAAUGGGCCCCUUCUCCAGGGGCCAACGGAGGGCCAGUGAGAUCAGCAUUGCCAGCCAGGUCUCAGGAAUGGCAGACAGUUUCACUGCCACCAACAUAGCCAACACCAAAUCAGAGCAGAUUAGCCAAUCCAAUAAGAUCAGUCUGUUCUCCCAACUUGCCCUAACAUCCCAAAACUUGUUCUCCAUAAAAAAUCCUCUGAAGUCCUAUAAAAAAGCCGAGGGUGACCUGACUGACGAAGAUCUGAGUUUUCACACAGAGACAGAUUCAGGCGAAAGUCUAAGUUCCAUCUACCAGUACGACAGCAUUGAAUCAUGCAGGCUGGACUGUGCUAUAAGUGACCUGGUGUCGCUGGACUCCCAAGCUGAAGCUGAUGAAGUUGCAGCACGCUGGUGGGGCACAAAGCGCCUGGACUUUGCUCUGUACUGCCCCGAUGCUCUGACUGCCUUUCCCACAGUGGCUUUGCCGCACCUCUUCCACGCUUCCUACUGGGAAUCCACAGAUGUUGUAUCUUUCCUCCUGAGGCAGGUCAUGAGGCAUGAAAACUCCAGCAUUCUGGAGCUGGAUGGGAAGGAAGUGUCGGAGUUUACCCCCUCUAAGCCUCGGGAGAAGUGGCUCCGGAAGAGGACUCACGUCAAGAUCCGGAACGUGACUGCCAACCAUCGAGUGAAUGACGCCGUGUUCCCUGAAGACAGCCAGCAGGUCAUCACGGGUCGCUUCAUGUACGGCCCUCUGGACAUGGUGACUCUAGCUGGGGAGAAGGUCGACCUUCACAUCAUGACCCAGCCUCCGUCAGGAGAGUGGGUGUUCUUCAGCACACAAGUGACCCAAAGCAGCGGCCGCGUGUCGUUUAACAUCCCAGAGGAGAAGCGUCUGGGCAUCGGAGUCUACCCUGUAAAAAUGGUUGUCAGAGGCGACCACACGUUUGCAGACAGCUACCUGACUGUUGUUCCACGUGGCACAGAGUUUGUGGUGUUCAGCAUCGACGGGUCAUUCGCCGCCAGCGUCUCAAUCAUGGGUAGCGAUCCGAAGGUCAGGGCAGGAGCUGUGGACGUCGUCAGACACUGGCAGGAUUUAGGUUAUUUGAUCAUCUAUGUGACGGGGCGUCCAGACAUGCAGAAGCAGCGGGUGGUGGCCUGGCUGUCUCAGCACAACUUCCCACACGGCAUCGUCUCCUUCUGCGACGGAUUAGUCCACGACCCGCUCAGGCACAAGGCCAACUUCCUCAAAACACUGACAGAGUCUAAUAUGAAGAUCUUUGCUGGAUAUGGAUCAACCAAAGACAUCUCUGUCUACACCUCCAUCGGCAUUCCUCCUUCUCAGAUCUACAUCGUCGGCAGACCCUCGAAGAAGAUGCAGAACCAGUGCCAGUUCAUCACGGAGGGGUACGCGGCCCAUUUGUCCCAGCUGGAGUACAACCACCGCUCUCGGCCCGCCAAGUCCAGCAGCGCGCGGAUGGUCCUGCGUAAGGGAAGCUUUGGCCUGGGCGCCAACAGCGACUUCCUGAGGAAAAGGAACCACCUGCUGCGCACCAUCUCCUCCCAGCCGGCCCCCAGCUCCCCGACGGGCAACUUCCACAACAGGCCCGAGCGCACGCAGAGCCAGUCGGACAGCGAGCGGCUGGAGCGGGAGCGGCUGGAGCGGACCCACAGCCACGGCCCGGGGGCGUCGCAGCGCAGCAUGAGCAUCACGGCGAGCUGCUGGGGCCGCAGCGGCAGCACCAAGCUGGAGCCGUUCCCGUUCAACCCCAAAUGAGAAUACAGGCUCUGGGAGAACGAGCGCGGAGACAGAAACGCUGUGGGUUUGAACCAAGUGGGUGAAACACCACCGAGGGGGGAUCUGGUGUUACAGACCACUUAUCAGAAAUUAAAUGAUUUUAGUGGAGACUGUGGCAGUUUUGUUGUUGAUGUUUUAAACCAGGCAAAUCCUCCUGAAGCGACAUGUUACACAAACAUAAAUGAAUUUAAAUGGUUUCUUCUGUUCAGUGAAUAUUUUUCGGUCAUGAAUAUAAGGUCAGAACUCCUCCGGUAGGCUGUUAUACUUGACUACACACAAUGAAGCACCUCCACGACAUAAGGGAAUUACUCUGAUUCUGCUCUGCAGCUGACAGAUUUGGCUAAAGCAAGCACAGAAACGGCAACAGAGACUCACUUUCUGUGCUGCAGAUUUUAAGCAUUAGCCCUUUUAUUCUGUAAAUCUGUGAAAGCAGAGCUGAGACUUGAUUAACACUGGACUGGGCGUUUUUAUAAAUAAGUGUUACUUAUUUACCAAGAAUUAAUGAAAAUGAAUCUAAGCCAAACAGAAAUUAUUUAAGCAGACACCUGAAACGGCCAAGACUAAAAGUUUUACACUCCAGUUUUCCUCACACCACAACUCAAAGAAUCCCGCAGAGCAAACUCUGAACUGACCCUUUAAAUAUGAUUUAAGCCGGAUCUCCACUGCACCUGAUGUUUGACUCAACUUUAGGAAAAACCUCUACUGUACAGCAAAGGUGCCAAAAUAAGCAGUGUAGAACAAUAUGCUUUAUCUGAGCAGAGAGGAUCACAUAAAGGUCUUCUGUGUAUAAAAACAUGAAAUAAAUUGUGUAAGUAUAUUGCUAAGCGCCUGAAUGAGGCCUGCACAUAGUUGUUACAUCACAGUGCAGAUCUGGCAUCUGGUCCACUGAAGACCAGUUUAAAGUGUCUUCUUUACUAUGAGGGUGACAUGAUUGAUAAUCAGUGCUAUUUAAUAAUAUAGCCAUGUUAAAAUUAAAUGAUUUUUGUGAACAAAAAGGUGUUUUGAGGUUAAGUUUUUGCUAUGUUAUGUAUUUUAUUUCUUCAAAAUUGAGUUUCAGCUGCCAAAAACGCAGAAAUCCUUUCCUGGCACAGUAUUGUAUUUUUAUCAUUUCACCUUGCAGAUCACCAAGGUUGCAUCAGAACUGAUAUCUUGUGUCAUAUAUGGGAUGUUUGGUAUUAGCCAUGUUUGGCCAUUUUGGAAUUUCUGCUGUAUUUCUCCCUCCCUGGUUUUUACUGAGCUGUAAAUGAAGCAUUGAAUGUGCUCUUAAAUAUCCCUCCCUGCGUUGCCGUCUCUCCCUCUCUGUUCUCUGCUGCAUCUGUAGAGGAAGACAGAGCUCCAGAUGUAAAUUCUGUACGAUACGUUGUGGAAACUAGAAAUGCAGAGCCGAGACCUGCUGUAUGAUGUUUAAUAUUUAUUUCUAAAGUUUAGUACAUUUUCAUGCCCUUUUUUUAUUUGAAAUAUAAUUUCUUGUCCUUGAGUUAUCUCCACACUUAUUGGCACCUUUGGAAAAGACGUGUAAGGAGGAAACAAAACUUAAAACAAACUUGUUUCUUGCAGAAGUAUAAUUUGACCCUGGAAAAAUGAGAAAACUCCAACUUGUAUUUUCAGUGCAUUUAUUCAGUGUUUAGGGAGGGCUGGGGAAGAUCUCAUGUUUAGAAAUGUUUAUUUAAAAAUAAAAUGUCAGAUUUUUUUCAUGCCAAUUUCAAUUUCCAAUUUUGAAAUUUUUUUCUCACUUUUUUUUUUACAAAUGACAAAAAAAAAGGCUUUUAUUUCUGUGAGUUAACCUGAGUAAAAAAGGCCCAAUAAUUAGAACCUGCAAAACGUGCCAGUCAAACAAGAUGGCAGCUUUGGGUCGGCUGAUAUCAUUCCAACUAUCAAAACCCAAGGAGUGUAUUGGUGGAAAACAAAAAAAUCCGGAUUUUCCUCAAAUUAAAUUGUCAAAACCCAAAAAUUCUAUUGGGUUUUGACCCAAUAGAAUUGAUCCCAUUUUAUAAAUCAUAAAAUCAUAACCAUUUUAUGAUUUUAUUUUGAUCAAUAAAAUCUAAAUUUUAUUGAUUUUAUUAAUCAAUAAAAUCGAUUUAUUGCCCCUACAAUUAUUUGUACCUUUAACAAUUCCUAAUGAGAGUUCAUUGUUCACUUUUGUAAGAUGAUCAGUUUUGUUGGAGAUCUCACACUGAGGCCCAAUUCUUUUAGCUGCUUUACUGAAUGGGAAAAACAAGAGAACGUGCCAUUCAUCAAAAGAUCUGAAUAUUGCCUAUAUCUGUGCCAGCAAAAAACCUCAUCCAAACUAGUGUGCAGUAAUCUUCUAAAAAGGUAUGAGCGGUUCUGUUCUGUUGGUAAAAUACAACUUCCUUUUGCUUCACUUGCUGAGUACCAAUGAGUGUAUAACAUCAAUAUUUCUCAACACCGGAUUUAUUUUCCCCUUCGAUGAACGAAUGUGUUCAAAUUAAAGGUUAGAUUGGUGUGAUAACAUUAAAGCCUUACACCUCUCUACCAGGGGCUGCAGUAAGUGUGGGGCUCAGUGUUCAGAGCUGAGUGCAGUGGACCAAUGUUGACUCAAAUGUAAGGGAAAGUUUGCAAUGCUGCUCUGAAGCACCACUGGAUCAAACAGACACCACAGUGCACUGACAAUCGGUCACCCCCCUGACCUCCACCCGGCACAUAUUUUACAGACGUCAACCUGCAGAAGGUUUCCCCCACCAGGUGAACACGCUGCCAGAAAUGCACAGGUUGCACAUUUUACAGUGUGGAGACUUCUCACAAUAAAGUGGCUCUGGCCUGAUAAAUGUGUCAAAUAUUACGGUUGGAUUCUUUCUGCGGACACAGUUGGGUGGUUUUUGUUGUGAUUUUUGUCAUUCAAGCACAGAGGCAUCUAUUUGCACUCAGCACAGCAGAGCGCGGUGUAGUUUAAUGAAACGUCUGUGAUUAGACCCAGGUUCAUCUAGAUUGAAAUUAUACUGAAAAGUAAAACGUGUGUCCAGUUAAUCCUCAUAUUUGGGUCUUUUUGUAACACAUAAUCCAACACAGAGCUGACAAACAUCCCUAGAGAUGAACAGCCCCAAGUAAGAUCAGCCAUGUUAUUUUCUUUGAUGAAAUCCCAUUAUGAAGACAAUGUACAGGGAAAGUGCUGCAGAGAUCAUGGAUGUUUUUAUACCUGUGGGCAGACUGACUACCUGAACCCUGGCUUGUCUUUUUUUUUUUUUGCCUUUAUCUGACGGUUUUAGCCCCAUAAAGGAGGCUGUUCAUGCUGAAACUGAUAAAGAUGUUAUUUUUCCAAAGCAUGAGGACGAUAAUUCAGGGUGUCCAGCUGUAUGAGUGUUCUGCAUUUCUUAGAAGUGCUCCUGGUUCAACACAGUUGAUUUGAGAUGAAUGAAAUAAUGUUUGCUAGCUUCAUAGAUGGCUGCUUCAGGAACAGGAUAAAAUGCUGUUCUGGAGUUUACUCUGGUACUUGAGCCACUUUUUCUUAUUCCGCCACGGGCAACUGUACAUUAAAAAUCCUCUCUGGUUGAAUCAGCGCAACAUGUAAAACAUGCAGGACACCAAUCCUUAAAGAUGAACUACUUAAAACUACCUAAUGUGACAUAUUUAUUCAUUUUUAGGAAAUCUGUCUCUACCUUUGACGUGGCUCAGUCCAAAACUAACUAUGUUUCACCAACAGUUAAACUGUAUAUACUUAUUUAUAAACUGGCAAAUGUAAGAAUUGUACAGAUCACAUAUCUUGUAGGAUUAUAUUUGAUGCUAUUCAUUCCCUUGUGAUUUUAUGAAGAGUGUAUAAAGAAAAUAUAAAGCACUGACAAAUGGUGGCCUUUUUUUCUAUUUAAAAUAUCAGACAGAAAUGUGUCAAAUGAAGGACGUUCGGUGAAGACUAAUUUCUUGUUCUAACUUGUGACUUUUGCAACAAACUAGUUUCAUCUCUCUGGCUGAAUUGGAGCAACAUGUAAUGUGGAAAAAGUCUGGAACUGUUUUGAGCUUUAAGCUAUGAAGGAGCAAUGCUUUUUGACCAGUGGUUAUUUUAUUCCUUCAAGAUUUUAUUUAUUAUUUUAUCCAUGCUGGGCUGUUUUAACUCAUUUUCAUCCACUCCACGUAUUGUGCUGGACUAUAUAAAAUAUUUCUGCUUUAGGGAGUUUCAAUAAAGGUCACAUCCUUAGAGCCUGA